UUAUUCGCGAUAAAAGGGGCCACUACGUAAUCAGUGUCAUGACCGUAGAAGAAAAAGAAUAACUGGUUGUGGGAUAGGAUUGUAGAAAAUCGAAUCGACCAAAUAUAAUUGUCAACAUCGCACGCUACUGCAUAGUUGUCGUCUGAAGAAAUCCGAUAAGAGAGCAAUCGGUGCACGAACCGGCAACGUUGCGCGGGAAUGUCAGACGUUGUCAGGCCGGGCUAGGGGAAACAUCGGGCGAUCGAGGCCACGCCAGUGCCGCCACCGCCGGCAAUCUCUCACACUACAGUACAGUACGCCAGUUCGUGAACAGCUAUGGCCUCCGCGAAAGACACGGCGACGUUCUUCACGCACGGUACUCACACGCAGUUCGAACAGGUCCUCAAACUCUACCCCACGGCCCUCAAACUCAAAGCGGAACGCAGGGCCAAGAAGCCGGAGGAGCUCCUCAAAUUGGACAAUUGGUAUCAAAAUGAACUCCCCAAAAAGAUAAAAAGCAGAGGCAAAGAUGCCCACAUACUUCACGAAGAGCUCGUCCAGUUGAUGAAAUGGAAACAAUGUCGUGGCAAAUACUACCCUCAAAUCUCCUACUUAGUAAAAGUAAACACACCAAGAGCCGUCAUGGCAGAGACCAAAAAAGCAUUCAGGAAACUUCCAAAUCUCGAACAAGCCAUCACCGCCUUAUCAAAUUUAAAAGGUGUAGGCACAACGAUGGCUUCAGCAUUGUUAGCGGCAGCGUGUCCAGAAAGCGCCCCUUUCAUGGCAGAUGAGUGUCUAUUGGCGAUCCCGGAUUUCGAAGGCAUCGACUAUACCACGAAGGAGUACCUGAAGUUCGUCAGUCACAUCAACGCGGUGGCAGAUAGACUGAAUAAGGCCGCGAAGGAAAAUAAUAGGCCGGACGCUGUCGUUUGGUCGCCUCAUAAAGUCGAAUUGGCGCUAUGGACACAUUAUGUUGUUUCAGACAUUCAGCCGGAGUUGCUCUCUACUAUAAUUUUAGAAAAUGGCAAUUCGAUCCCACCGGCGAUCGUGCAUCAAAACGGCGACUCCCUCGACACCACCACUUCUGAAGAGAGUAACCAAGGAUUGGCGAACGGUAAAUCAGCAACGCUGAUCGACGAGGAUACUAACACCUCGUUCGCGGACAACAGCAGCCCCGACUCCAUAGAAGCCGAAGAGACGAACGAUUCGGUGGUCUCGGAUUCGACAAAUGACUCGAUGGCUCCCGAAAUCAAACGAGCCCUUGAAGAGGACGAUUCCAACUCAUUGGAGGCCCCCAAUAAAAAACUCAGGGAGGACGUCCGAGAUAAGCUCGACGCCGAAAAGGCGGAACACCGGAUGGCCGACCAACAAGCACCAUCCUCCUGCGGUGACGUCACCAUGGGUAUAAGAAGUAACCCGGCGAAGAACACCAUGCGGUUAUACCUCUUCGGAGCAGUGCUAUGCCUAGCCUUGGCCCAUUGCUAUAGCAACCCUAUAGUGGCACGUGAGGGUAAAUCUGAACAGUCUGUCCAAACUGAAGGAAUAAAAAAGGAAGAAACAACUGGUGUUACAAGUACUGACAACCCAACCACCGAAGCCCCCAAAAAAUUGAAAGAGACUGGUCGCCAAUCAUCCGAUGACGAUGACGACGACGACGAUGAUGAUGACGAUUUGGGUCUAGAUAUCGGCGAUGAUGACGAUGAUGAUGACGACGCCGAUGACGAUGACGACGAUGAUGAUUAUUUUGACCGAUUCUUCGAUGAUAUUCUUGGAGGUGAUGAUGACGAUGAUGACGACGACGAUGAUGACGAUGAUACCGUGGCCGAGGAUGCGCCAGCUGCGCCCGCCCCCGUACAGCCCGUGGUCGCCGCCGCCAGUGAACAAGUGGCCGAGGAGGUCGCCGAAGAAGACACUCUCGAGGAGCACUCUGCUGGCGAUUUGGAAAAUGAGACAAACGGUACGGCUGUUGAAGCCACUGACAGUGAGACUUUCGUCGACAAAAACCCGACUGAAAGCAGCGAACCUGUCGUCGUCGAAGAGGUGCCAGCGAAUGACGCUGAGGACGACGAUGACGAUGAUGACGAAGACGACGACGAUGACGAUACCCUCGAAGGUCUGACUGAUGAUGAUGAUGACGACGAUGAUGAUGACGAUGAUGAUACUGACGAUGACGAUGACGAUGACGAGACUGAUCUCGACGAUGUUAUUGAAGCCAAAAGAUCACGUGCCAUGCAAACCCCCCAAAUGCCCGCCAUGUAUAUUUCAAAAUACAACAGAUUCGUCGAUAAUAUAAUUGGUCGCAUUAACAAAAUCCUUGGCAAGUCCUACGAUCCAGUCCGUGUGAAACUCCAAUCAAACAACGACUCCAAAAAGAAGAAAGCUCCCGCGAAUAAAAAGAGCAACAAACGCAAAAAUAACAAAAAGCGAACCAAUACGAAACGAACCCCCGGAGUGACGAACAAAAUGGCGGAAAUUGCUAUUGCCAGAGCCACAGAGAGCGAAAGUCGCGAACCAGCCUUUAUCCUCAUUUCCAAAACUAGUGACUCUAAACCGGCAGUCAGGCAAAAUACUCCGGUUCAAAGAGCGACAAAUCCGAAGAAAAACACAAAGAAGAAGAACAACAAAAACAAGACUAAAGCUACAACUGGGGCUAAAAAACCCAGUCCUAAAGCCAGAGCCACACUUUUUGGCUUGAGCUCAAUCAAAAGAGACGGCGAUGUUAGUGUAAACAUGAUGCCAGAUCACACAACUGUCAAAACGAAUUUUAUUCUCGGUCCGCUAACUCUUCGCGUCGAACGCGAGAUGGCCAGAGGGGCCAAACGUGAAGUCAAAAGUGCCACAGCUACGACUGCAGAAAUGCACGGCCGACUCAACCUUAGGAUAGUCCACGGGGGCGCUGCCACCCUCCACUCGAUCCGAGUCCUACAACCCAAACAAGUUCGAGUGGAAAGUCUCGACGAUCAUGACAAAACUAAGGAGUUUAUGUGGAGGAAAAGCCCACAUAUCGCCUCUCUAGUGUCACAAAAGCUGGUUUCAGCGGCUCGAUCGAUGCUCAAGCCGCCACCGGCCGCAUAGAUCUCAUGGGAAAUGAUCAAAAGUAGUGCCUUAACUUAUUUAUUUUAUUUAUUGUAUAGUAGGGUUAGUGUGAGCAGUCAGAGAGGUUGAAAAUAAAUUUUAAUUCAUUUCUUGAACUUUUUUACAUUCUA